AUGGGAAUUACUUGUUCGAAUAAAUAGCGUGUGAUAAAGGAAAUAGAUAAGAUAGAUAGGUGUAUCAUGUUAUUUAAAUAUAAGCAAUAUUGAGCCACUAAAAUGCUAAAACAUCCAAUAAGAUACAAAUUAAGAAGAAUAUGAGUGUAAAUUUUGGAACAGGAAAAAAAAUUAAUGGCAACGAAAAAUUAUAUAAAUCGAAUUUACAAAAGUUGAUGAUGUUAUUGAAGUUAAGUAUCUUUUAGAUGGAUAAAUUAUAAGAAGGUAAAUGUUUUUCUACAACAAAAACAUAGAGAAGAAUAAAAAGAUAUUAGUGUGAAGCCUCAAGUCUUAAUUAAUUUGGAACAAAUCUAUUAUCUUGAAUGGCUUGGAAAAUAUUAAGAGAAUUUUAAGAAGAUGGGAAAAUGGACAGCUAUUUGGAAGGGAGAAAAAAUUACAGAAGUGGGUGGGUAUUACUCUAAUGAGGGAAAAAAGAAUGGUAUUUGGAAUGACAUCAUAAAAAAUUAUGGAGAGUAAAAUAAUUUAUAUUUUGAAUUAAUAGACUGAGUCCUGUUUUUGAAAUCGGAGAAUACAAAGAUAAUUAAAAAAUAGGAUAAUGGAUAUAUGUUUUUGAGGGGAUGAAUAUGUAAAUUUUUCUUAAAUUUUACAGCGGUGGUGGAAAUUACAGCUAGUAAAGUAAAAAGGAAGGAAAAUGGAUUGAUUUGAGUGAUUAUUUUUGCAAGUAUUUUUGGAUUAAUUAUUAGUUAGUGUAAGGUAACAUAUAAUGGAGAAUAUAAAAAUGGUAAAAAAGUUGGUAGAUGGGAUAUUUAUUACGACAACAACGAUGGUGAACUUUAUUAAUUGAUGUAUUAUUACAUUAAUAAAUAAAAAACAANAUCAAUUUUUUCAAACUUUUCUAUUUAAAUAGACAAACUUGAAUAAUUAGAUUAAAUUACGAAUUAUUUAAAUACCCAACUUAGAAUUAGUACAAAUGAGCAAAAGUUUCUCAAUUUCAAUUUUCUUCUUUAAUCUUUUUAUGACUUUCAAAGAAUUAUAAAUUAAUUCAUCAUCUUUUUAAAUUACAAUUUUAUUCAUAUGCAUAGUUGGCUACUGAAUGUAAGGGAAAAUUGAAGAUUAUUAAUUGUAAUGUAUAUAAAUAAUUUUUUUUUGCUUAGCAUUCAUAUCGGAGUUACCAAACAGCAAAUUCUUUAAUAAAUAUAAUUUAGGUGUAUAUUAUAAAUUCCAUAAAUCAUUGUUUUUUGUUAACUACUUAAAACAGAGUUUUCAUUUCUAACAUUAAAUUUAGCAUCAGAAAUGCUAUUAUCAAACCACAUUAUUCAUAAAUUAUUGAUUUAAUGGAGGAAUAAAAAUUCUUUUUAUUAAUUAAUAAAAUAAUAGAAAUGGGAAUUACUUGUUCGAAUAAAUAGCGUGUGAUAAAGGAAAUAGAUAAGAUAGAUAGGUGUAUCAUGUUAUUUAAAUAUAAGCAAUAUUGAGCCACUAAAAUGCUAAAACAUCCAAUAAGAUACAAAUUAAGAAGAAUAUGAGUGUAAAUUUUGGAACAGGAAAAAAAAUUAAUGGCAACGAAAAAUUAUAUAAAUCGAAUUUACAAAAGUUGAUGAUGUUAUUGAAGUUAAGUAUCUUUUAGAUGGAUAAAUUAUAAGAAGGUAAAUAUUUUUCUACAAAAAAUACAUAGAGAAGAAUAAAAAGAUAUUAGUGUGAAGCCUCAAGUCUUAAUUAAUUUAGAACAAAUCUAUUAUCUUGAAUGGCUUGGAAAAUAUUAAGAGAAUUUUAAGAAGAUGGGAAAAUGGACAGCUAUUUGGAAGGGAGAAAAAAUUACAGAAGUGGGUGGGUAUUACUCUAAUGAGGGAAAAAAGAAUGGUAUUUGGAAUGACAUCAUAAAAAAUUAUGGAGAGUAAAAUAAUUUAUAUUUUGAAUUAAUAGACUGAGUCCUGUUUUUGAAAUCGGAGAAUACAAAGAUAAUUAAAAAAUAGGAUAAUGGAUAUAUGUUUUUGAGGGGAUGAAUAUGUAAAUUUUUCUUAAAUUUUACAGCGGUGGUGGAAAUUACAGCUAGUAAAGUAAAAAGGAAGGAAAAUGGAUUGAUUUGAGUGAUUAUUUUUGCAAGUAUUUUUGGAUUAAUUAUUAGUUAGUGUAAGGUAACAUAUAAUGGAGAAUAUAAAAAUGGUAAAAAAGUUGGUAGAUGGGAUAUUUAUUACGACAGCAACGAUGGAGAACUUUAUUAAUUGAUGUAUUUUUACAUUAAUAAAUAAAAAACAAUUCAAUUGGUGGAGGAUUUUAUGAAGAUUAAAUAGAAGGAGAUUCAAUUAAAGUUGGGAAAUGGAUUGACAUUAGUGAUGAGUUUUAGGAUAAUUAGUAAAUUACUUUGAGUGGCGAAUACAAAGAAGGUAAAAAAUUUGGCAAAUGGGAAAUUUGGUCGAGAAGUAGAAAUUUAAACGAGAAAUAUUAACUUGAUGAUGACGGUUAGUAAUCUUAAUUAUAGUAAUUUUUUAGAUUUUAAAGAAAUUACAAUAAAGAAUGGGAAGACUAAUAAAUGUAAAUAUAACUCAAAAUUCUUAGCGGUGGAGGAUCAUAUGAUUCAGAAGGGUAUGGGAUUAAGAUUGGCAGAUGGACUUAAUUGAGUGAUGGAUUUUCUUAAGAAUAUUAAGUAAUAUAUAGUGGUGAAUAUCACAACGGCAAAAAGUUUGGGAGAUGGGAUAUUUUGGCUAAAAAAUUUGAAACAAUUUAGACCAAGCCAUUUAUAUAAAUGUAAAUUAUCCUAUUAAAUUAAAAAAAUCAUUUUUAGUGGCGGUGGAUCAUAUGUUGAAGGAGACGAAGAGAUUAAAAUUGGGGAAUGGAUUGAACUUGUUGAUGAUACUGAUAAACACCUGGAUUUAUUUUGGAAAGGUGAAUAUAAGAAUGAUAAAAAAGUUGGUCGAUGGGCUUUUGGAUGGAUAUAUAAUGAUGAAUUUAUUGAGCUGUAAAUUAUCUAAUAUAUAACAAACUUAGUGAGGGUGGAUCAUAUCAUGAAGGAGGUGAAGGCAUUAAGGUUGGGCGAUGGAAGGAGAGAUAUAGAUGGCCUGAAAUACUGAGUGCUUAAAGUUAGGAUGGUGAAUAUAAAAAUGGUAAAAAGGUUGGUAGAUGGAAUAUUGUGUAUCCCUCAAAAUAAAUGAGUGUAUCUUCUCAGAUGUAAAUUAUUUUAUUAAACAUAAUAAAUAACAUUCAUAGUGGGGGCGGAUUGCAUCAUGAAGAAGGUAAUGGAAUUAAGAUUUGGAAGUGGAUUGACUAAACUGAAGAUAUAUUUUUGUAAUCGCCAUCAAUCCUUUAUGAAGGUGAAUAUUCAAAUGGCAGAAAAAUUGGGGAAUGGGGCAUUUUCUAUUUGGAUGAUGCUAACAAAAUGCAAAGGAUGUAUAAAUUAAAAAUAAGAAUUUUAGUGGUGGUGGAUCAUAUGAUUAACAAGGUAAGGGUUUUAAGAUUGGAAGUUGGAUAGAGAUUAAUGAUAAAUGGAAUUAAAGGAAAUAAAUCACUCAGAUAGGUGAAUAUAAAAACGGGAGAAAAGUUGGUCAAUGGAUAGAGAUGAAUUUAAAGAAAAAUUAAAGCCAUAAUAUAGCAAAUUAUGAUAAUUGA